AGUCCGUUACCGGCCACGGUGGUGUUUGCGUCUAUAUCUGUUAAACAUACGUCCGAUCUGUAUACAUGCCGAUCGUUGUUGUCGUCGUCGUCACGGGCUAUUGUCAGCGUAUCGGUCUUAUACGAUUUUGUAACGUUGUCCAAUACAAAUAGAAAAGCUGCUGUGUGCGCGGGAUGCAGGGUACGGACUAUUUCCCAUAGCAGUAAUUUUGACGAUUCGUAGUUUUCGAAUAUUUUCAAUAAAUCUUUGACCAGCAAUCGUUUGCACCCGUGUCGGACCAUCGCACACCAUGGGUUUUUUUGAAUCGUAUCUACUGUUGUCGUGCAGUGUAAACAUUGGACAGCGCAAAGAACAAGACUCUUGGAUCAUGACAAAUUGCUAUCAUUACGAUGAUUAUAGAGACGAGGAACGUUUUCUGGAGAUCGUGAAACAUAACCGACAAUCGUAUAUGGCUUGUUUGGCGUACAAACAUAACCGUAAACGGAUAAAGCACGUUUCGGUGCCUGUGAUCAUGGGUACUUAUGUCGAUUAUUUGAUACGCGGAGAAGAAGCGGUAAAACGAUCGCGCGCGCAAUGGGGUCAAGUCGUGUUACAAGGGAUACCUAAAAUAUACAUGUCGUUUUCUACUUUUGACGCGCUUUCCAUGCACGUUCGAGAAACGAAAAAUCAACGAUCUAUAGAAUGGUAUUUUUACAUAGACGACGACGGCGUGGGUUUGAGCUAUCGUGAUCACGUGAUCACGAUAACGUAUAAACGUGAGACCGUGACCAGUGCGGACGACGCACAGUUGUGGAUCCGAUUGAUAAACGCGGCCAAUCCGUUUGGCACACGUUCCGAGUCCAACGAUUAUGUGGACAUGUUCGACGUGAUUUUGAGCUAUCCGUACGACAUGAACGAUUUGAAAAAUCGUAAAUUUUUGAAUUGCGGCACCGUGAUAAACAAAAGCAUUGAAAUGUUACUUAAAAAAAACGCGUCGGGCAACGUAAAAAUGUCCGAGUAUUUCGAAAUCGGAAAUCUGUACACGGCGCUCAGUAAAAAAUCGGCUUACGACCACGACGAAUCUAGUAAAUCGUAUUCGCAGUCUUUCGACAGUACGCUGCACGACGGUCGCAGCAACAAGAUUUCGCAUUAUCUCUCGACCGUCGUGCGCGGAUCGAACGAAGCGUUUCGCAAUUCGUCGGCUCUGGUAUACCCCAACGACGCGUUCAAUUAUCUGUGCACGGUAAACACCAAAGAUUUAAAAUCUGCCGGCGAACAGAACGUGCUGGCCGAUUUCGUCAUGAUGACGGAAGACAGUGACGCGAAUUUAGUGUAUCGUUAUCUGCAAAGUAUAUCGAAAUCCGACGGACGCAACAUAUUGAUUUUGGACGGAUUUCUUAUAAACUGUCGAUGCGAUUGGACUUUUGACGUGUUUCUGGCAAUGAAACGGCAUCGGGAUUGCGUAAACGUUACCACGAAAUACUACGAACCGUAUAUCUAUUGUCACACUAAAUCUUCGAUACCGAUCAAAUACAGUGCCGAACACGAUGUGUAUUUUUCACCGGCCGAGACCACGAAAUACGGUAUAACGUACGAACCGGCAGCGCAAUUCUCAACCACAGUGAAAAUUUUAGAUCCCUGGGCGUUGGUCAAAAACCCACCGGCCAAGACCACGGUGGCCAUAAACAACAUUAAAGGCAGCGUGGCUAACGUAACGUCGGCGUUUCAUAAACAAUUGAUUUCGUCGUCUCUGGGCAUCACGUGUUAUGUCGAAAUCGACGACGAUCUACGAAUUCGGAUAUUGGACAGUGCCGUCACGGGACACGGACUAAUUCCGUACGCCGAUCAUUUUGCGGAGAUCGAUCGCGUGUUUGACAACGAACCGCCUCGCGUCGAAGACACCGACGCCGAGAAAGCGUUGCGUUCGUUGUUGCGCAUGUUCGAUUUGCGUAAAUUGCAAUAUACUUGCGAGCCUACAAAAACCGAGACGUACGUGUACAACAACGCUCCACAUUUACGCCGCAACGUCAUUAAAUACGUACAGACUAUAAUGAAUCGAGACGCGUACGAACCGCCGAAUCCGUGGAAUCUGACGGCUUGGGUGGCGUUUGGUAAUGUGCGUGGUGCUUGUGUCGAGGACAGCGUGGUCUUUGACAAGAAAUUUGUCGAACACGUGCCUCCGGUUCAUUAUAACGCUUGCAUAAGCGUAGAAUUUACGUUCAAAAACGCAAAAACCGCUAGAGACGCGCGAUUCAUCGAUGUACACGCAAACACUUGUACCGACGAUACGUUAAUAGGUUGCGUGGUGACAAACACCGAAGUGUACACGAAGCACAGUAGACAUUGUAAUAUUUUAGUGACGGUCAUAGGUAAUCAUUAUUAUCAUCUGAUUCAUUUCAAACCAAAAAAUCAAUACGAUCGUCUGGAAGUGGACAGCGUAAAAUCUAACAAAACCCUGACGGUGUUGAUACGGGGCCAACACUUAGGGAAAUUCGGUGUCGGUACAAAAAUCGCAAAUUCAUUUGGUCAAAAAAACGUUUGCGGUGCCGUCGAAGAUUUAUCGGGAUUUUGGGGCAUAACUCGGGACGGGCGCCGAGUGCACGCCCAGAUCGUGUUUAGCGACGUUUCGUUGAUCGGACGCGUGCCCGCCGGUCAGAUCAGGUCCAUGUUGGCCCAUCCGGAUUGCGCCAUUGGACCGAACAAAGAAAUCAUAGCUCCGCAAAAUAUCGUCAUACACGCCAUGCACCCGUACACGAAUUUAAAGAUAUUCGAUAUACGAGCCGACACUUUGGUGAACGUUAACGGGUUUGAUUCGCAGGCGCUGAGCUCUACGACAUUAGCUCUGCGCACGGUUCCGGUGUUGCCCGAAGUCCGUCGGGUGAUCGGCAUGCACGGGUUUCGAUUGAUCGACGCAACGACAUCCGAAAACGAGCAACACUGUCAGUAAUACAAUGAACAACCAUAACAAAGUGUUCUGCGAUGCCGGUGCCGAUGAUUUCGCGGAGCCCGUACCGCGGGGAUACGGUUCGGCGAGUGCCGAAUCGCCGCCGCUACCGUCCAUGGACGUCGUCGACACGUUCAGACGUGAUUUUCGCGUUUUGUGCGAUUCAUCGGGGAUUGGUGUGAACGGUGUCGCCGUCGAUAAACGCUACGAGGCUUUCAAUGACUUGUGCACACUGGGGAUCGUCGAACGUUUGGAUUUACACAAUAACGUUAUACAAUUGAACUUGGCACGUUUACACAAUGUCGGAUAUAUUUUGGUGUACGAUGUAAAUAAACGUAUGCCUAUUUUCACUAAAUGUUUAGAUUUAUCGUAUUUGUAUAAUUUACGUUUAUACAUGUCUGAAUGUAUAUGCGUAGCUUCAUUGGAUUCUUACAGUGUCAUAAAAAUAAAACAAAAUUUUACGUCAAUGUAA